GUGAGAAUGUUCGGGCCGAGCAGAAUCCAAGCUGUCACUGUGACAUCCAUCACGCUUGCGUUUAUUUUCUGCCGAUCAUGCUCCGUACAGUAAAACCCAAAAAUGCACGGUCGAAACGUGCCCUGGAUGCCCGUAUGUCCCAAGGAAGUGGAGGAUGUACGGACAGCAAUAUUUGUAAAGGGAACACAUACUGGCGAGGUGCUCAAUGGUGUAAUGAAGGACCUGGUGCGUCAAGGAAUUCUGCUGAUUUUAUCCCUCGCUAAAACAUUCCAGAUGGCCCUAAAACGACCGGCAGCAAUUUCUUUCUCGAAGAAAAACGACAUUCAUCCUUUCGACAAUACCUCCUCGUCGACCUCGACCUCAUCUCUUGAGUUUUGGGCGAGCAAAAAUGAUGCCUCAUUAUUCCUGGUUGGCCAGAGUAACAAGAAAAGGCCGAACAGUUUGAUAUUUGUACGCAUGUACGAUGGUCGAGUACUGGAUAUGCUCGAGGUUGGUGUGGAAGGAUUCACUGGGAUGGCAGACUUCAAGACUCCAAAAUCAACGCCAGGACAUAAGCCAUUGAUGCAUUUUGCCUCUGAGCUUUUCGACACCCACCCGCGCUUCAUACAGCUAAAAUCCAUGCUCAUGUGUUUUUUCAACGGAGAAGAGAUCGACGAAAUAUGUCUUCCGGGUAUUGAACAUGUCAUCAGUGUCUCUCUUGCACCAACACCUCCUACUCUCAAUACCACAUCGGAUAUCCCUACUCCCUUGCCAAAAGUUCACUUACGGACGUACACCAUCAAACUACUUUCAUCAGGGACACGGAUACCACGGGUCGAGCUUAUACCAAUGGGCCCGUCACUGGACAUGGUUCUGCGGAGACACGAAGCUGCGGACGCAGAAAUGUUGAAGCAGGCUUUGAAGAGGCCCAAGCUGAAAAAGAAGGAAGUCGAACAAGGACUGGGCAAGAAGCGCAAGAACAUGGAGGUUGAUGAGAUGGGUGACUUGCGUGGAAGGGUCCAUGUUGGUACCCAGGACUUGAACAAGCUGCAGACACGGAAGAUGAAGGGGCUGAAGGACGACGAGGAGCGGCCUGGUAAACGGAGUAAAACGUCUUCAUGA